AUGCCAACCUACGACGAAAUCCGCUCUGCAACAGAGAGCAUCGACAGCGGCGGUGGACGAUGGGAUGCAGAACGCUUCACACGUGAACGCGACGAGCGCAUUUACCGUGGUCCCGCGCCUCCGCCUCCCUUUCGAGAACGAGACCGAUCACGAUCACGGUCGCGAGCACCACCCCCACCACCGCCUGAAUUCGAAAGAUCAGACCGUCGGCCCAGUGACCGAUUCGACGACCGCUUUGAGCGCCGCGUCGUCGAAGAAGACCGCUACGGACCACCGGGUCGCCGCAGAGAGCGGUUCGUGGAAGAAGAUGAUUACUACGCUACUCGUGGCUCGGGACCUUUGGUGCAUCAUCGUCGCGAGCCAUCACCGCAGCCGUUUCGUCCCCCGAGAUUGGUGAGGAGACAGUCUUCGCUUGAUACUUUUGAUAGAAUACCGGCUCGAAGGGKUGAGAGAGCGCCUCCGCCCCCCAUUAGAGGAAUGCGUCCACACAGGCGCUCGUCACCGCCGAGAUUCGUUGAGCGCGACGAGCUGUACGAAGAGAUCGACAUUGCGGAGCCUGACGAGUACGGAGACGAAGAGUUUCGGCAUUUUCGUGAAAGGGAGAUGCGCCGCCCGGUCAGAGAGGAGAUUGUCAAGGAAAGGAUUAUUGAAAAGGAUAAGCCGUACCCGAGAAAGGGCAAGACGAAGAUGCCGAAGCGUUUGGUGGAUCGUCGAGCGGUGCAAGCCCUUGGUUAUCCAUAUAUCGAAGAGGAGAAAGUGUUGAUCAUUCAGAAAGCUCUUUCCAAAGAGCUGAUUGACGAGCUCGUGAGCAUGAGCAAAGAUAUUAAACGCCGUUCUGAACGCUCUGAAGUGUUAUACCGGGAGUUUAGAUCGCCAUCACCACCACCGGUGCGUGAACGAGAACUAGUCGAGCGAGUUGUUAUUGCUUCACCAUCACCAAGGCGAUCUGAGCGUCUAGUUGUCGAACGAUCCCCGUCACCAAUCCGUGCUGAACGCUUUGUGGUAGAGCAAUCUCCGGCACGUACGGAACGUCUCAUCGUAGAACACUCUCCAGCCCGCACCGAACGGUUGAUCGUUGAACGUUCGCCGUCUCCGCUCCGUUACCGCAGCCCUUCACGAGUCCGUUCCGGCCGUUAUCUUGAUCGUCCAGAUAUUAUUGAAACUCGACCUCGCUCGGUGUCCGUUAAUCUGCCACAACGAUAUUCAGAACCUGUCAUUGUCGAGCGUCGUGGAGAAGAAUCAGGACAGGUCGUUUUAGUCGAACGGCCUCGUCGCGAGCUGGAAGUCAGCGAAGAGAUCCGCAGGCUUGAGGAUGAGAGGCGGAUGCUGCAGAUCGAGCGUCGUCCUGAACAUGUUGGCUCGGUGGAUAUCAUCAAGGAUAAGAUCAUUCGUCGAAGCGAUGGCGAGACGGAUGAGAUUAUUGAAGUGAAGAGGGAUAAAAAGGCUCCCGAUUCACGUCUGAUUCGUGCGAUGAUGGCGACGCUGACCGCCCAGCUCACGCCUUUUGCGGCGCGGACUCAGCAGUUUGUCAAGGAACAGCUUGGCCAGGCUGAUGAAAAGACCCAGCUUCCGGACGACUAUCUCGAGCUCGAGAAGCGUGUUGAUGCUUUGAAGCAGGUGCACCAGAAGCUUCUUUCUGUGACCUCCCAAUACUCAAACGAGGCUUAUGACUACCCUCCUAACAUCCGCGAAUCCUUCAACGACCUUGGUCGCACCAUCAGCGAAAAGGUCAACCUGCUUUCCCACGCUUCCUCUCCCGCUGAAGCCCAAGCUGCCUUGACCGCACCUCCCUCCGCCAAACCCCAACCCAAAACCUUCAGCCACGCCAUCGCCCGCGCUUCCUUGUCUGGCUCGCAGCUAAUCGCCCAGACCUCUCCGGCCGAGGACCCGCUCUCAACCGCAUUGGAGAAGUAUGCUUUGGCCCUUGAAAAGGUUGGAGAAGCUCGUUUGGCGCAAGACGCUCAGAUCCAGUCUCGUUUCUUGGCGGGAUGGAAUACCACCUUGAACACUAACCUAACAUUCGCGACGAAGGCUCGUCGCAAUGUUGAGAAUUCGAGGCUUAGCCUGGACUCGAUCAAGGCGAAGAAGAAGGCUGCUGCCGGUGGGGAUUUGGAUAAUAUUAGUGAGGAUGCGAGGAUUGAGAUUGAGCAGGCUGAGGAUGAGUUUGUGGGGCAGACCGAGGAGGCUGUCGCUGUGAUGAAGAAUGUCCUUGAUACCCCCGAGCCCUUGAGAAACCUCGCAGAUUUGAUCGCUGCACAGCUCGAGUACCACAAGCGAGCAUACGAGAUUCUCUCCGAAUUGGCUCCCGUCGUCGAUGGCCUGCAAGUCGAGCAGGAGGCAAGUACAUAG